AUGGCACGUCUACCCAAGAAUGUGGUUCCAAGCCAUUACGACCUAGAUCUCAAUUUAGAUCUAGAUGGUUUAACCUUUCACGGCACAGUCUCCGUUCACCUCGAUGCUUGUGAAGAGACGUCAUCCAUCGUUCUUCAUGCGAGAGAACUCAAGAUCACCAAUACCCAAAUUGAGUACUCUCCAGUCGAGAUUGUCCAGAUUCCCGAAAUAGAAUACAAUAUUGAACAGCAGACCAUCACAAUUUCGCUAUCAAAACCCCUCACAGCAGGCUCAAAAGUGACGGUUCGCCAAUCUUUCCAUGGGACCAUCAAAGAGAAUGGAAGGACUCCAGGCUUUGCAUGGACGGGCUACAUAGAUGCCAAAGGUGAAAAGAAACGGGCAUACUCGACCAGCUUUGAGCCAGUCGGGGCACGUUGUGUUUUUCCAUGCUUCGAUGAACCCGAGUUCAAAGCUACAGUCUCCUCCACGAUCACUAUCAACCAAGAUCUGACAUGCGUGAGCAAUAUGGACGUUCGCUCGUCCGAGGUCACGCAUUCUGAAUCCGAAGGACAAAUCUCGAAGCGGGUCGCCUUCAGCACCAUGCCAAAAACGCCGACCUAUCUGAUAUGUUUCGUUGUUGGAGAUUUUGAUUUCAUCGAGUCGACUAAGCUCAAGUUCCGAGUAAGGGUCUAUGCUGUGAAGGGGGCAAAGAUCAAGCAUGCGUCGAACAUGUUGAGCAUCGCUACCAAUGCUCUUGGCCACUACGAGCGCAUCUUUGGCCUCGAAUAUCCUCUUCCCAAGCUAGACUUGAUUGCUCUCCCUGACGCAGGUGCACUAGAGAACUGGGGCUGUAUCGUCUUCGGUGAGCGCUGGCUUCUUCUCGACCCCGACACCACAGCCGCCAAGUCCAUGCAAAUGGCUGUUGAAACGCUCUGCCACGAGCUCGCUCACCAAUGGUUUGGCAACCUGGUGACUAUGGGCUGGUGGGACGAUCUCUGGCUCAAUGAGGCCUUUGCCGAAUGGGCUGGCUUCACCGUCGUCGAUAAGAUGUUUCCCGAAUGGAAAUACUGGCUGCACUUUGUGGCUGCGGAUCCAGAUCCUGAGGCAAUGGCAUUUUAUCAAGGAGCACUGGAUAUUGAUUCAACACCAGGGGCCCAUCCAGUUUACAAUCCCACCGCUUCACCCGAUCGGAUACAUGAGCUUUUUGAUAACAUCACGUACAUGAAAGGCGCUGCUCUGUUGAGAAUGCUGUCGAACUUCUUGGGGAUGGAUGUCUUUGUGGAUGGAGUAAGACGGUACUUGAAAGAGCAUGCUUUUGGAAAUGCUAAGACUAAGGAUCUCUGGGUAGCUUUGGCUGCCGGUAGUGGAAAGGAUGUUGCCAGGACUAUGCAAGAAUGGACCGCAUGUGCUGGGUAUCCUAUUCUCAUGGUUUCUGAAGACGACACCAAAAGCACGAUCACGUUGGAGCAACAUCGGUACUUCCAAGCAAUCGAGAUCACACCCAAGGAAGACAAGAACAUUUAUCACGUUCCGUUGAACUUUCAGACAAACACUGGAAGCCAAUCAGAAGACUCUGUUUUGUUGACCUCGCGAAAGGGAACAUAUCAAGUAGAUCUCGAAACCUACAAGCUCAACGCGGGACAGAUUGGACUUUACCGGGUCUCCUAUCCACUGUCUCGAUUCCAGGAGUUUGAAAAGCAGACUUCAAGAUCCAAUUUAGGUUCAGAAGAUUGGGUAGGGUUGAUCUCCGAUUCCUUCGCAUUGAUUUCAUCCUGUCUCAAUACCCCAAUGACAACCGCCGACCUUCUCAACUUCCUGUCCCGCUUCUCAAAGGACCAUCACUUCCUCGUCUGGAGACAGAUCUUCUUCGUCCUUGGCAAGAUCCGACAAGCAUUCCUAUUCUCGUCCCCUAAGACUCGGACAGGACUGCAGAAUUUCCACAAACAUCUCUUCCUGGCCAAUUCUCCUGAGGACGUUUGGAAGAUUGGGUCUAAAGACCCGAUUCAUAUUCAGAAUGAAAAAGCGAUGUUUUAUGCUGAGGGGAUUCGGUAUGAGCACCUCAAGGCUGGAUCCGAGAAACUCUUCAACGAGUUCAAAUCUGGGAAUGAAGAAGCGCUCAACCCCAAUAUUCGGAAGCACGUGUUUCAAGCUGUCGUCGAUGACCAUUACAAAUCUGUCUUGAAAAUCGCUCGUACCACAAGAGAUCCAGAAUUGCGAACCGACGCUUUCGUGUCUCUUGGCUAUGCAGACAGCCCAGAGCUGGUUCAAGAAACACUCAAGCUUCUGACACAAGUAGGCGAGCCAUUUUCCGGACUAGAGAAGUGGUUCUUAUUAAACGCUCUGCAAACGCACUAUGCUGGAGCUGAUGCCUCCUGGACAUGGCUCAAGGAGAAGUGGGAUAACUUUGGGAGAGUGGAUAGGGUGGGCAUUUGUAGAUAUGUUGCUAGUUGCACGGGUAGUCUCUCAACAGCCGAGCAAUUGGAAGAAGUGAAGGCUUUUGCGUUGGGUGUUGAGGAAAAGUUUAAGAAGACUUUCGAGGAAGCUACUUCGGGAAUUGAAGCGAGGAUGAAAUGGAUUGAACGAGAUCAUCCAGGUGUGGAAAGAUGGCUAGCAGGGCAGGGAUUUUAG